AUGCGAUGGCGGAAGUUCUGGGGAGUCCUCGCCAUUAUCACUGCAAUUGUGGCCGUAAGCAUAUGGAAUCUGAGUGAAUCCGACGCUUCUUUGCUGCGAAAGGCACGGCAGUCUGUGCACUACGUCGCUCGCACGCAGGCCGGUGACAUCACUCGACAACUGCGGACUUCUGUUGGUUCCCUUCAGGCGCUCGCGGGUGUCAUCCAAAUCGACCCGUAUGGCUCGGCCUUUGAGGAGUUUGACAAGCUGGCGGAGACGCUCAUCCGAACGUACAAGGGUAUCUCCAAUCUGCAACUGGCCCCAUUUGGGACUGUUUGCUGCGUCUUUCCCUUGGUGGACGAUUCCCAAGACAACCGUGUGGUGCUUGGCCAUGCGCUUCUGCUGGAUCCUGCACGCAAAGUGCAAGCAUUCGAGGCUAUACGGUCAGGCCAGACACAUGUGAAUGGGCCUCUUAGACUAUUGCAGGGUGGAAUUGGGGCCGUCGCCCGGCGACCCAUCUUUACCCGCCAUGCGCCAGAGUUUCUCCCAGACGAGUGGUGGGUCGGUGGAGAUGGCGUGAACUACACCAGGACUUGCUCUGUACCGGAGCUCCGGGAUGAUCAGGAGUGCUCCAUUCCUGGGCCAGUGGAUUCCGAUGGGAGCUCUACGUAUUUCUGGGGUUUCGCCACGAUGCUCUUUCGCGUAGAGGACCUCCUCUCCACAACCGAGUUAGCCUCUCUUGAGACUGGGGUUCAGGGCGGCGAGGUUGGUGUUGCUGGCAUCUCACAGUUUGCCUUCGAGCUCUCCGACCCAAGCCCACACCCAUCGAUGGUGGAGCUGGGAGGAAUCUGGUUGCAAUCUAACAACACAGAUUCGCUAAGCGACGCGAUUCAGGUGACGGUGGCCCUGGAGGAAUUUGCGUUGCAGUGGAUCUUGAAGGUCGCACCACUGGCCGGAUGGCCCAUGGUUUCCGAAGACUUCUGGAGGCAGCUACUGCUGGUGCUGCCGCUGACGGCGGUGGCGGGCGUUCUGCUUGGGUUCAAUAUCAUCCUUGCCCUGCGUCGACAAGCCAGGGCGCUGCAGGACCUGGCCAAGCACUUGACACUUCAGAAGUGCAAGUCUAUCCGAAGGGCUGUGAGAAACCUGGAUACCUUCCUCUUUCCGAUGUAUUUAGUGGAGCUGCCAGAGUUUCUACACAUGGGCCAACUGGUUCGCCACGAACUCGCAAGGGAAGCUGGGCAGUUGCGGUGUUUCGAGCCACACGAGGCCGACGUGGUGUCGGCGUGCUCGGGCGCCGUCUUCGUCAGUCAUCAGUGGGCUGGUUUCGAGCAUCCUGACCCGGAUGGCCGCCAAUACAGCGCCAUGCUGGUGGCCCUGCAAGGGCUUCAGGAGAGGAGCAUUGCUUGUGGCUACAUCUGGGUGGACUAUACAUCCAUUCCGCAAGUGAAUGAGUAUCAACAGCAAGCAGCUGUCAACUCCUUGUCCGUCUACGCUUCUCGGUGUUCCGUGCUGGUGGCGGUGGCUCCUACUUGCACGCACGUAGACACGGGCGCAGAGGUGAACCUGCAGACCUACGGUUGUGGCAUUGAGAACCGCCCCCUGGUGCCCCUCGGCACCUUGGCUGCCACGGAGCUGGUGCUGGCGUCUGCACUGGCCGCGAAGAGUUCUCCGGAAGAGGGUGAGGCGGGCUGUGGGCGUGGGCUUCAGCUUGCGGUCGUGGCUUCACCGAGGGCGGGCACAAGCUUGGCAUUGAAAGCCCACUGGGGCACCUUAUGCUUGGGGUGCGUGGAGGCGGAGUUCAAGUACUGUGUCAUGACGGGUUUCCUUGGAAACGAUGAGAUGGCUGGCAACGAGGGUGGCCACACGGGUGCGGGAAAUCAUGAGGCCGGCGAUUUUGUGACUACGGAUGGCGGGCACCGUCUUCGAAGAGUGGUGCUUGCAUGUUCGGGUCUGCCGUGGGCUGAGAUCCUGCUGAAAAGAAAUUGGGGAUGGAGAGCCUGCCGUGUCGGUGAGGCUAGCCACCCAGGGCCGGGCGCUGAUGUUACCGACAAGAAGCGCAGAGAAAGGGAGGGCAUGCACAUUGUUCAGGUUCUCCUCCAGCUCAUUCUCAAGCUGCUCCAGGACGGCGAGGGCAUCAAUCUUGGGGGCAUUGUGGCUCAGUUGGGGGCCUUGGUCGGGCAAGGGUCAGCUGCCCAGCCAGGGGCGGCGGCGCAACCGCCAAAGAAGAAGAAGAAAAAGAAGAAGCGGAAGUUUGGCCUUUUCGCAUUGGCAAAGGGGGCACCUUCGGCGGCACCCGCGGCUUUCAACGGCGCUGCCAUCACUGAUGCCACUGGCGGCAAGGCGAAGGGCAAGGGCAAAGGGAAGGGCAGCGACGGAAUUGUCCAGGCUCCAAGUCGGAGCGAGCAGCCGUCGCGUGUGCAAGGCAAGGGCAAGGGCCACGGCGCCCACAUUGAACAGGGCGGCGGAGGUGGAUGGGCGGCUCCAUGGCGGCUUCGCGCGGCCGACUGGAAGGGGCCUCCCAACCUUAAGGUGCUGCCCGCCGAUGCGGUUCACCAUGAGGGCGGCCACCCAGCAUUGGUCCAGGUCUUCAGCGAGGAGGAGCUCGAGGUGACGAUGGCCUACUUGCGGGGAAAGGACGCGGCAAAGACCACCGUGGUUUGGGAGAAAUCCCUUAUUGCGGAGCCGGGGGAGGAGUACCAGUUGAAGACUAGCUCAGUGAAGGUCCGCGAGGCCACGGUGCCGGGCAGAAUUGGUGGACACAUCAGGGCAAGGCGAGUCGGCAUGAUCACGACCCAUGCGGAUGCCCCGGCCUUGAAGGAGGCCACCUUUACCUCUACAAGGACUUCCCUGCAACCAAGCAAGCAAACAGUCGUGCUGCGCUUCAGCACCGAGGCCCGCUAUGUUGCCAAGGAGUCGUGGGAGCAGCUUUGCAAAAGUCCGGGGCCACGUGCCCGCAUUUGGUUGCGGGGCAUUGCCACCGAUGAGUUGCAGGACACUUGGGGAUGGCAAGUUGAAACCAUCAAGGGCAGGGACGUCGUCACUGGCUUGGCCCGCCUCACUCCGGAGGCUGGGGCGGCUGUGAUCAUGUGUUCGGGCCGCAGCUGUGGCGGCAUGCAUUGGUUCGUCGAGCCUCUCCGAUGGGAGGCACCAUUGCCCACUGAGUUUGCGACUCCUCCUAGGGUCGAGUGGAUUGACAAGGGCAAGGACGAGGAUUAUGCCACCUACGCCAAGAGGGUGCUUGCAGGCGCGGCCAAGUUGGGAGUUGCCAGGGGCCACAUCCAGCUCGGAGUUCGAUGCACCAAAGGACCGGAAGAUGCCACGCGGCAGCGGGUGUGGGUGCUGGGCCCGGCGCCAAAAGCUUGGCUGGCACAGGACGUCGAGGAGCUGCUUGAGGAGGCCGACUUCAUUGAGUACACGGUGCUGCAAAAGAAGUUUGGUCGGCAGGGGGCUUCAUGGACUUUUCGUGCAAAGCGUAAGGACGGCAAGGACUUUCUCGCCAUCACCGUCAACGGCCAGGACAUGACAGCGGCGGUUACCGGCAUCACGGCGGCACCGUCGGCUACAAGGAAGCUUCCUGCUGAGCGGGCCCAUUCAUUCCGAGGCAAGCCGAGGGAGGAGGACAAGACUGCCGACAGGUCCGUGCACAUGGACGUUGACGCGGCAGAGCGGCAGGCGGGGGGAGGUUCGCGGCGCCCAUCCAAUGCGCCAGUUCCUGCACCAAAGCGUUGCAAAAUCGACAAGUUGCCCGCGGGACUGAAGCGACAGGACACCCCCAAGGAUGGCAACUGUCUCUUCACCGCCAUUGCGCAGACGGUCACCACGGUGGCAAAACCGAAAUCGCCUGAGGUUGUCAGGGCGGCAGCGGUAGCCAUUAUGCAAAAGAGUGUGGCAAAAUUUGCAAACCACUGGGACGGCAAACAACCAGCAGCUGAGGAGGCCAACCUCGAGGGAAAGGACCUCCACGAGCGCUUUUGCAAGUACCUCACGGCCAUUGCGUCAACGGGGUCGUGGGGUGGAGGACUGGAGCUGGCGGCAAUCGCGGUCGGCAUGAAGGCACCGAUUCUGGUGAUGGGACCCGACACCCCAACUGAGAUCUACAACCGUGAGGGGGAGAACAAGAUGAUCAUGUUGUGGUACGAGGACCGGCACUACUCCAGCCUCUUCGGCAAAGUCCCCGAGGACAUUGUGGCGGCAGCGGCUCCUGGGAGUUGGCAAGGCCGUCGCGGCGGUGGCGAUGAUAAUGGGCAUGAGCCUGGGGAGGAGGCCAGCGAGUGGGGCGGGCCAGCUUCGGUUGGUUCGUUCUGGGCGGCGGGUGAGGCUUUGGCGGCGGACCAACCCGCACCAGCAGCUCCUGCCAUUGACCAUGAGGUAGCCACGAGCAGCAGCGCCGAUGGCCACCAGAGUGCUAUCACACGUUGGGCUGUUCCUCGGGCCUCUACGGUUGCCGCUGACUUGGACGACCUGCUGGAGGAUGAUGAGCAGCCUGUGCCGGAGGUGCCACCCGCACCGGUGGCUUGGACACGGAGGCCCAAGCGGCGUGAUGGAUGGAAGUGCCCGGAAUGCCAAUGGCGCACACCUCCGGGCUCAGACUGGAUUCGCAAAAAGCAGACCCACAUCAUCAACUACCACCCGGAGCUCAAGCGACAGCUAUCUUUGCACCCGGCGCCGGCUGUGAAUGUUGCGCCCUAUGAUGCUGCGACCUGCUCUUGGCAAUGCCCUGUUGAUGGAUGUGGGCUUGGACUGCUGAAUAACCCUGAGGCCACAACCGACAUGAAGUACGCGGCCAAGCUCAGGCACAGAGAGGAGUACCACCCCGAGGUCCCGAAGGGCGUCUUCGUCGGCCGCUCCUAUGUGAACAAUGCGUCUAAGAAGGCCACUGGGGCGCGAUUGAGUGCUGCAAUGGCUAGCCGCCUGAUUGACCUCAAGGCGGGGAAGGCGGGCGAGCAUGAUGUCGUCGUCCUCCGUCUACCGUGCACGCGGGCACCAAAGGAGGGGAGGAAAAAGCGCAAUGCGGUCGCCCAGGUGAUAUGCCGCAAAUGCACUCGGAUGGCGGAUACGGUUGCUAAGCUUGGCAAGCUUGAGUGUUCCUUGGGAGCAGGGGGGCAUCGACGCAAGGCGCUCGUUGCCAACAUCGAGAAGGAGCUCCAGGCGGGCUCCCACACGGAGGAGAUCGUCCAGAGCAUGAAGACGUUUCUGGAGAUUGUCAAGGGCACGGUGGCGGGACAGUCGGUCGAGGCCGAUGGGGAGCACAUCCUUCAUGCGCUACCGUGGCCAAAGGGGGAGGGAUUCGAGAUUCGUUUCGGUUGCCAGCGUUGCGGGGGACUUUGGACCAACCUCUCCAAUGCCAACCGCGCGGUGUGCCACCCGGCAAAACGGCGCCGACAUGACAAGGGCAUUGCUGAGCUUCGGAACUUCGCUACUGAGGCGGGCAUCCGGGGCCGUGCGGCCAGCGACAUCCUCGCCAAGCUCGGCAUUGCUGCUGAGCGCACCACUGAGGCGGAGGACCAUGUGGCGGAUCGGGCCAUCUUGGAGGCGGGCCUUCGUGGGGUGGCGGCCAUCACUACUAUGGCCGUGAACGAGGGCAUUCGCAUUCUUUGUCUUCAGGAAACGCGGGUUACCAACGAGGGACAACCGAGCGGUGGAGUUGCUAUCAUUGCGGAUUGGCCCAUCGAGCAGAUCCAGUUGCCCUCGGAGCUGCAGUGGGACGGUCGCCUCAUGGCGGCAAAGAUGCACAGACCUGGCAUGCGACCACUUCUCAUCCUGAAUGGCUACUUCCCUGCAAAUGACGAGAGCCUCAACAAAACCAUGGUGAGUGCUGUCUGUGAGUGGGCGGGCUCGACUGCUGAGGACUUCAUGAUACUUGGUGACUGGAAUCGCGAGGCUCGGCAACAACCGCUUGCAACCAUGCUGGCUGCUGGCCGGGUCUAUGCUAUGGACCCCGACCCCUUUGUGGAUCAGAAGGGCACCAGGAGGCUGGACAAUGGCGACUACACGCACCGGGUCAUCGACUAUGGCAUCGCUGGUCCUGGUAUCGCGGUGGACGGCAGGCAGCAAACUUUGGGGCCGGCGGAUCACGAUGUGGUGUCGUAUUGGGUGGCGCUGCAAAGUGGGCUGCGAGGAUGGCGCUGGCAGUCUCAGCGGUACCUCACCCCCGAGCCGGCGCAGGAUUGGAGCGAUGUGUGGCCGACCUAUGAGCGGGACUACGUGAACCACUUGGCCGCGGGCAACACUACUUCGGCUUGGGCUUCGCUGUCUGCGGCGGCGGAGGAGCUACUUGCGACGCCUCAGGCUCCUACGGCACCUCCGCGUGGCAUCGUGGGCAAACCUGUGCUCAAGGAGGACCACCACGCAAAGAUUGCCAAGGCCCAGACUUUGUGGGAACGGAGGCUUCGUCGUGUGGCGCGUCGGGCAUCUUCAUUGGCAGACGGGCGAGGUGCUCAUCCCAGCACGGCGGAGCGGGUGACCAAGGACGUAUACGCUUUGGCCCGCCGCGACCCGGACAUUAUCCAGGCCUACGACCAGGGCUAUGGCAAGCUGGCGGAGAUGCUGAACCACAAGGCGGCGGAGGAGGCACACCGGGCGGCUAAAGCCAGACUGCAGCGGUGGCGGGAGGACGUUAAGUGCAACCUCCCACGGCUUGCGCGCUGGAUUCGCGCGACGGAGGACGAGGCCACUCAUGGAAUGGACCAGUUUGGCCACGACCCCGAUCCCCAAGCUCGUGCUGUCGAGGAGGCGGCCAAAUGGGACCGUAUGUGGAAUCGGAGGGGGAGGCCUCCGCUCCACCCCUUCUGGGACUUCCUUCGUGAGCUUGGUGCACAGCCUGGACAGGGCAGGCCUCCUGCAGUGGGGCCCGUUUUCCAAGGUGGCUUGACCAUUGACGGCGAGGACCUCUACCGACGGGCGCGGGCGGCAGCACGUAAAGCUGGAGGUUGCGAUGGCUGGACGGGCAAGCUAUGGGCCGCUUUGCCGCGGCAGUUCUUCGACAAGCUGGCGGGCAUUUGGCAACGUGUCCUGGAGGGCGACGACAUUCCGGCCCCAUGGUUGCAAGUGAGAGUCUGCCUCAUGCCGAAGUCCGAUGGCGGCACACGGCCGUUAGCCAUAGCUGCCCUUGCGUGGAGGUUGGGAGCGAGUGCUCUGGUUGCCCAGCUUACUUCGUGGGCCUCUCGUGCCCUUCCUGUUGAGCUGUGUGGCGGAGUGUCGGGACGGGACACCUCUGAUGUCCAUGCUGCCCUCUGCAGUGACAUGUUUGUGCAGAGACGCGGAGGCCCUCUUGCUGGCUGCAAGGCGGACAUUCGCAAGUGCUUCGAUACGGCAUCGCCGACUCUUGCUGCCGAAGCUUUUCAGUGGUUGGGUGGCCCUCCGGUCAUUGCUGCACUGCUGGAGCGGUUUUACAGGAGCCAUGAACGCUGGAUCACGAAUCAGUGCUUCGUGGCGCCUCGUCCGGUUAAGGACGCGGCGGCACUACUCCAAGGAUGCCCGCUGUCCCCGCUCAUGCUGAACUGCCUUAUGGCGGUGUGGUGCCGCACGGUUCGCCUUCGUUCUCCGGGGAUUAGGUUUGCGCUUUUUCUUGACGACAGGACUUUGUGGCACCGUGGAGCCCGGCCAGCCGCGCAAGUGCAUCAGGCAAUGUUGGAAGGCGGACGGGCUGACGCCGUUAUGGGGUUCACGCUCCAUCCUGACAAACUUGAGUCCUUCGGCACUUCUCAUGGCACUCGUGAGGCGCUGUUUGCUGUCUCUGACGUGGUCGGGAUUCCCCAGGUGACCUUCACGCUGCUUGGAGUCAAGUACAACGUGGACCGUGCUGACCCGGUUAACGCUGGCGUCCUCACUGACAAGCUUGUGCGCCGAUGCAGGCGCAUUCGUUGGGCUGGACCAACCGUGAAGCAGCGAGUAUUCCUUGUGGGCAUCAUGGUGAUUUCGCUUUUUCGAUGGUGCGCUCCUUGGGUGAGGUUUUACAAACACAACCUGCAUAAGUGGCGCACCCACAUCGAGUCUGCUGUUUGGGGCCGCGCCCCCCCUCCGGGCAGGUCACCGGCCAUUUUCUGGUCGGCUUUAGCUACGGUGAGCCUUCAUCCCGAGUUUGCUCUGACUGAGGCCACUUUGCUUAGCGAAAGGAAACGGCUCCGCGACGGCAGACACUUGGCUAGGGCUUCGCGCACUUUGGCUGCUUUCAAGGAGAUGGGCUGGACAGUGGAGGGAGAUGUGUGGAGCACGCCGCAUGGACCCUUCCAUCCUGGCCAGGUUUCUCAGGCCUUCCUGCGGAGGGCGCUUCGUGAUGAUUGGACUCGCCGUCUUCUCCUUCGUGAUCCUAAAGUCGCGGGGCAGCAGGUGGCAGAGGAUUUUGUGCUCAGCUUCCACCAGAAGGAGGUCCACGCUACAAACUGGGCAGGUCUUCGAGUGCUUGCGGCCGCGGCGGUGGACAGCAGAGUGUUGGCAAGGCGACGUUGUGCUUUGCCUUGUGUCUGUGGUGAGCAGGUGCCGUCCCGCACUCACGUGACUUUCGACUGCGAGGCCCGACCGUGGACGGCUGCGAGACGCACUGCAGUCGAGCGCCGGAUGCUGGCGCCUUUGGGACUGGUUGCCCCCGCUUUCAUCGACGGCGACGUGGAGGCGAGCAUCGAGGAGGUUGUGCGCUACGUGCAGCGGCUCCCCCUCGACUUUGACAUCGUCAUUGCCACCGACGGGGGCUGCCUGGUCCACCCUGGCCUUGAUGCUCACCAGAGGGCAGCAUGGGCGGUGGUUUUCUACGAGGGCGCUUGUUUUUCUGGACUGGUGCCAGGACCGGAGCAGACUGCUGCGGCCGGCGAGCGGACUGCUCUCCUGAUUGUGGCGGUGGCACUGGCUCGUGCCAAUCGUCAGGGCAAGCUCCUCAUUGACAACUUGCCCAUUGUGCAGCGGCUUCACGCGGGGAGGUCCAGGUGUGAGGCGGGCGACCCUUGGGAGACAUGGCGACGCAUUGCCGGCGCUUGUCAUCUGAUUACGCCUGCCUGGAUCCCAUCGCAUGGAAAGUGUACCGAGUGGCAGCCUCCUGACGGCUUCCCCGCAGCUGAGAUUUGCAGACGGCUGAAUGACAAGGCCGAUUCUCUGGCAACGCAGCAGCUGGCCCGCUUCAAGGGCGAGUUCGAGGACAAGGUGCGGCACAUCAAGAAUUGUGGAGUUUGGGCUGCGGCGGCUCACCGUACUCAGCUGGAAAGGACUGCACCUUUUCGAGAGGCGCUUCUCGAGUCUUACGUUCCUCGCGCUCGUGCUGCAGCGCUGGCGGGGGAUCCGACCACAUUCAUCUGCGAUGACAGCGGCUUGAGAAGUGGUGACGCCGACGACUCCCUGGCGGAUCAGAGCAUACUUCACGUGCUCGGCGGCUCUUUCACAUGCUGCAGCCGGAAGCACCCGGAUGACAUGCCGUGCGACCGGCAUAAGAUCAGGGAUGUGCUCCUCGGUAUCUAUUGGAGACUCAGUAGCAUAGAACGGGAUGGGGACCUGGUCGCAUCUUCGUGGGCAAGAGAGAUGCUGCAGAGUGCUGACGCUGACAGCGAGAAGUAUUUCCCCAGCCACAGCAUGUAUCACACAGCGAGCGGCGCAGAGCUGCAGGAGCAUUUUGAUGGGUAUUUGCCCUUGCUGCGAGAGAUGUUCGCUACUGACGCGGAACUGGAGAACGAAAGCCAACGACACGCCCUUGAUCGACGGUCAUCCUUCAGCGUUUGA